ACCAUUGAAGCAAACCCGGAAGUGUCCGCCGGCGGGAAAUUCAGUAAAUAUUAUGAAAGCGUCAGAAAAAACGAAGCCACGGUUCAGACUCGUUCACUGAAGUAAUCCAGAGUCAACAAGUGGAGGUCGACCAUGAGGGCUGUACUUGAUAGAAUAGUCUCACUGGCAGAUGGAGGCAGCGCCGCUGAACUUGAGAAGUAUCUGUCCUCCCUCAAAGAUGACCAGUUAAUCGCAGUGAUUACCAGCAGCGCAUUAAAGGGGAAGAUGGUCGGUGCCAUAGUUAAAGGUAUAUUUCAAGGCUCUCCUCCCAGUUCCACUGAGGGAUCAGACCGCAGACUUCUUGUUUAUCAGCACUGCAUCCCCCUGUGUGAGUCCGGGGACCUUCAGACUGAGGUGGCGGCUGAUAUCAUUGGACUGCUGAUGCUUGAGACUCAUACUCUGUCUGGACCCUCUCUUGCACAACUGGCGUCUCUUUUUGUUGAAGCCAUUAAGGUGGGAAAAAUGGGUAGUGGGAAAUCGCUGGAGCUAUUUCCUACAGUGCUGACUGCCCUCGCAGCCUGUGAAUCCUUAUCUUUUGGCAAAGGUGAACUCAGUGGGGAGGAAUACAAGAAGCAGCUGAUCAACAGUCUCUGCUCAAGCAGAUGGGACCCACAGUGUGUUAUCCACCUGACAACCAUGUUCAGGGAUGUGCCCCUGUCCUCAGAGGAGCUGCAGUUCCUGGUGGAGAAAGUCCUGCGGAUGUUCACUAAACUGGAUCUGCAGGAGAUCCCACCACUGGUUUACCAGCUGCUGCUUCUGUCUGCAAAGGGUUGUAAGAAACAGAUCCUGGAUGGAAUCAUUGGAUAUUUUAAGGAGCAAGACAUUCACCAGGAAGAAGAGCAAAAACAUGGAGAGAGCCUGGAUCUAGAGGUUUUGUCCAUUCCACAGGACCAGUUACGACACGUGGAGGGCACCGCCAUCCUCCACAUCGUCUUUUCUAUACGACUCGACCAUGACCUCGGAAGAGAAUUCCUCAAAAGCUUUAAGAUGUCAUAUGGCGAGCUGUGUCCUUUCAGUGCUGCACUUAUGCUCUCAGUAGCACGUAUCCAGCGCUAUGAAGAGCAGGUGUUUGACCUUUUGAAGGGAGCGAUCAUCAAGAGCUUCAAGGACGAGCAGCUGCAGCAGGGUUCAAAGUUCCUGCAGGACGUCCUGCCUGGACACUGCAGUGUGGCUCAAAUGAUACUGGACACAGUCAAGAACAGCGUGUUUGGGUGGGAUCACGUGACCCAGGGGCUGGUGCAGCUGGGGUUUUUCCUCAUGGACACAUUUGGACCCAAACCAGGACCAUUUGGGAAGACUACAGAGGGGUCUGCUACCGUAGCGAGGACCCCAAAUCAGCAAGCAUGCAAGCUUGGAGGUCAGGUGCUUCUCCAAGGCUUUAAGAUGCACGAGUCUAUCAGAGGUGAGAUACUGGAGCAGGUUUUAAGUCGACUGGUCACAAAGACAGCCUCGCCUAUCAAUCAUUACUUAGAUCUUUUCUCUGACAUCGUGAUCUCUGCUCCCAUGAUCCUCCUGGAGUCGUCCUCCAAGGUGACAGAGACAUUUGACCACCUGUCAUACCUGCCCUUAGCCACAGUUCAGGGUCUACUAAAAGCCGUUCAGCCACUGCUCAAGGUCAGCAUAUCCUUAAAAGACUCUUUGAUUCUAGUUCUCCGCAAGGCCAUGUUUUCCAGCCAGCUGGAUGGCAGGAAGUCUGCAGUUACUGGCUUCUUGUUGCUGCUUAAGAACUUCAAGGUGCUGGGCAGCUUGUCGUCGAGCCAGUGUAGCCAGGCGAUCUCCUCCAGCCAGAUCCAAGUGGAUGUUCAUUCACGAUACAACUCAGCUGCCAACGAAGCGUUCUGUCUGGAGAUCCUCAGCAGCCUGCGUCGCUGCCUGGGCCAGCAGGCGGAUGUGCGGCUUAUGCUUUAUGAGGGGUUCUACGAUGUUCUCCGUCGCAACUCUCAGCUUGCAAGCUCCAUCAUGCAGACCCUGUUCUCACAGCUGCGGAGGUGCUAUGAGUCUGAACAAGACCUCCUGCCUCCGGUGAAGCUGGGGCCGUGCAUCACAGCUCAUGGAGACCAGGUCUACCUCCAGGAACCACUGGGCCAUCUGGUGAGCUGCACUGUACACUGCCUGCUGUGGCUGCAGAACAUGCGUCGAUCAGCCAAUCCCAGCGCUGAUGACAGCGAUGAGGAGGAGGAGGAGGAAGGAUACAAGUCUGAACUACACACAAUCCUCGAGAGCAUGACGAGACGCAUGAUCAAGAGUGAACUGGAGGACUUUGAACUGGACAAGUCAGCAGAGUUCUCCAUGGGUUCUAGCGUUGGGGUGAAGAAUAACAUCUAUGCAGUGCUCGUGAUGGGAGUGUAUGAAGUUCUCAUGGAGUACAACUUCAUCAAAGGCAACUACAGUAAAAGUCGAUUUGAGGAGCUCUUGCAGCUGUUUAACCGCUACCACAAGCUGUCUGAGAUUUUGAAGGAGAAAUCUGGAAAAAGUCGAGUGCCCUCACACAAGACCCCUCGCAGUUUACUCUCUCUGGGAUUCAUAUCAACUCUCCUCACUGUGCUAUUCAGAGACAGUACUCAGAGCAGAGAGGAGGCUCUCUCAGUGCUGCGCUCUAGUGGAGAAUUUGUGCGCUAUGCACUAAGUGUAACCUUACAGAAGAUCCAGCAGUUAGAGGAAACUGGUCACACGGACGGCCCAGAUGGACAGAACUCGGACCGGACUUUCCGCUUCCUCUGUGACAUGACAAGCGUGCUGAUGUGGCGCUACACAAACAUCCCCACCGUGGUGGAGGAGGCAGGGAAGAAGGAGAAGCGCUGCAGCCUGUCUCAGCUGUGUCUGGAAGGUCUGCUCAGGAUCUUCACAACCUGCCAGCAGCGCUACCCACACAAGAUGGCUCAGCUCCUCACUAACAUGGACAUUGCAGACAAUGAUCAGCAGCAAGACGAUGGCGACGUUACAGAGAUGAACUUCUUUUACAUCCGACAGUUUCAGAGAGCGCUGUUCACUCAGUUAAGCGGAGGAGAGGAGGACUUUAACAGCAAAGAGGCUCAGCUGCUGGUCAGCAUCUUGAGCGUGCUCUCACACCAGCUGAAACCCUCCACCCAACAGUUUGUUCAGAUGAUCACUUGGACUGUGAAAAUCUGCAAGGAGACAAGUUUUGAGGAUCCUGUCUUUUCUAAGGGGCUGCUCUCUCUUCUCUUCAACCUACAUGUUCUCUAUAAGAGUCCUGUUAGCCUCUUGCUUGAGCUCUGCCAAGACAUCCACAGCCAGCUGGGGGAUAUCGAUCAGGACGUGGAGGUAGAAAAACAGUCUCAUUUUGCCAUCGUCAACAUAAAGACUGCGGCGACAGCAGCGCUGUUGGUCCUGUCUCAGGUGGACAGGGUGCUCGAUGAGGUGGAGUGGCUGAUUGCCAGAAGGAAAAGCCAGACGACUCCUGACAAAUCUGACUCCGGUGAAGCCACCCAGACAGCAGGUGAUCAAGAUCCAAUGGAGAAAGCUGUGACACUGCAGCUCGGGACUCUUCUGACCGCAUUAAAUGAGCUGGUCCAGACGGCUCUGCUCUCUGGCACCUGCACCAUCACACUGAUGAGGGAACUGCGUCGCACAUAUACCAUCCUCACCACCCUGGUGAAAUAUUACAUCCAGGUGUGCGCUACUCAGCACGGUUUGCUGCCUGCACGCUUUGAGAAGCUGGUCAAACUGUCCGGCUCUCACCUAACACAACAGUGCUACUCUUUCAUCACAUAUGUUCAGGGCGGUGAAUUUAGUGGUGGAGAUGACAAGAAGAAAAAGAAGAGGAAUGAAACGAACGUCGUUGCUUCUGCAAAACUUCUGCGAGAGACAAAGGCCAUCCCUGAUUUGAUCUUCAGCAUCGAACAGUAUGAGAAAUAUCUCAUCACACUCUCAAAGAAAUCAAAGGUGAAUCUGAUGCAGUACAUGAAGCUGACCACCUCGAGGGAUUUUCGCAUUAUUGCUACUACUCUGGACGCAGCCCUGCAGGAGCAGGACGACAGCCAGGAGACCACGGAGUCACAGGACACAGAGGAGACACAAGAACCCAAACUGAAGAAGCGUAAACAGUGAGCUGGCCCUUCAGAAGCUCCUCGGUUUGACUCACUUGUCCCCACGUUCCUCGCUGAGCCGGAGUUUAACCAGCGGAUGAACGGCCUCUUGGCAGUCAUGAGCAGGUGCAGCUGUUCUGAACAGUAGUGUUGUCCACAAAGUGCUAUCUGUCUUUGUUCAGAGAGCCUUUAGUGAUGUUGAUGAUUUGAUAAAUGUCCAACGCUUCACCUGUGCAAAGACAACAUGUUGGUGUUCAUGUGAUUCAGAAGAAUUCUGUAUGUUGUUUAUGUAUUUGGAAACAAACUGUAAAUACUGUUUUACAUUAUUGUGAGACUUCCUGCCUUGUGUCAGAAUGAAUAAGCUGCUCUGUUGUUAAGAUGCAGUUCACAAUCAGUUCAGCACAGUUUAACUAUAUCAUACUUCACCUCGUCAGUUCUUUGUCUACACUAACAGAGGAUCUAUAGUUUCCCAUACACAUGGAUGCAUCCUAAAGAGACUUUCAGCCUAACUGUAAUGUGCUGCUUUGUUUUAAAAUAAAUAUAAUUUUCUUCCUUC